GACGUCAGUUCCGGCAGCCUCACGCCUCGCGCGGUAAGAUGGCGGCGCAGUUAACGGACGCGGAAUUGUUUUCGGAAUUGAAAAAGUUCGGUUUGGUCCCGGGCCCCGUGACCGAGAGCACGCGCCCCGUCUACCUGAAGAAGCUCAAGAAGCUGCGCGAGGAGCGCGGCGCGCGGCCCAAAACCAGGAACGGCGGUAGCGGGGCAGGCCCGGGCCUGGGCCUCGGCGGGGCCACCACCCCCACUCCUCCCCCUGCAGCCCCCAGCAAGCUGCUGGGCUUCAGCUCGGACGAGUCGGACGCCGAGCCCAACAGCAGAGGCCAGGCCGGCAAGAGGCCGAGCAGGACGGAUAAAGCUUCGGGCGACUGCCCCCGCCCGCGGCCUAGUCACAGCAAAGGGAGGAGCACACCUCAGAGAAUGGUGAACAGCAACAAUAACAGCAGCGGCGGCGGUGGAGCGGGAGCUGCUGCUUCGGCCGGGAGAAGCAACUCCACCCCCUGGUGGAGGCCGAACCCGAGCGGCGGCGUCCAGCAGGCGCCGGAGGAAGAAGAACAGCCUCCGGGAACCGAGCUGCAGAACAACAACAGCAGCAGCAGUCGAGUCUCCUACGUUAGGGACGGUAAUUACUCCGACUCCGAGGAUGAACGGGAAGAGCGAGGCCGGCGGCCCAACUCCAGGCGGAGUCAGUCCAAGAAAUUGCUGGCUAUGUCGGGCACCGUUAAUAGUCAUAACCCGGGGGCGAUGGUAGAGGAAAGCGGCGCCGGCAGGAGAGGCGGCGCCAGGCGGAUCCACGACGUCGCCGGCGGUCCUUACUGUCUAGACACAAGGAGAGACCAACUGGAGGAGGAGGAGGAUCAGAGGGAGAAAGACGCCACAGCAGAGCCCACCAUGUUAUUGCGGUUCCGUAAUUCCUCAUCCAAAAAGAUUGGCCCAGGAGUCCUGGCAGCAGAGAGGGAGAAUCUCUAUAAGAGCAGCUCCAGAAACAAUAAUCACGUCGGCACCAUAAGUCCAUCCAUUCACAACAGUAAUUUUAUCACCAGUCGAAGUGGCCCCUCGUCCUCCCUUUUGAUCAAUGCCAAUCAUUCAAACCAUACGGGCAGUAACCACAUUUACAGUACUUACAAUCGUAAAACCUCUAGAGAGCCUGAGGAAGAACUGCUACAGCAGUUUAAAAGGGAGGGGGGUUCGACUACUGGUGGAUUCAGUGCACACUACCUAUCCAUGUUUCUUUUGACUGCUGCAUGUCUGUUUUUCCUCAUAUUGGGACUUACCUAUAUAAGGAUGAGGGGUUCAGGAGGAACAGAAGGAGGCGUUCUGAACGUAAAAUCUCAGUCAUUUGGAAUAGAUGAUAAGGUUGAAGAAAAAAGAGUAAUUUUGAUUAUUCUUCAUAGACUGCAUGAUCAUCUAGCAAAAAUAGCAGGAGACUAUGAUUGUGGAGAUCAUGUCCAUUAUAAAAACAGAAGUCUUUCUGUCCAAGAUGCUGCUGAAUAUGUGACUGUCCUUGAUCCUAAUCAUGAAGAGAAAUUUAAUGGUUCACUACAGUGGAUUUUACAGAGUACAGAUGACUUGGGUAUAAAGUUACUUGGCAGUGACUCGGAUGUAAAGGUAAAUGAUGUGAGUGAAGUACAGUACCUGGAAUCCACCCAUCCACAGAUGUCAUUCAUCUGCCGCUUUCGCCGUGCAUUUUUAACUGUCUUGCACAGAAUGUUUAUAUUCCUUGUGGGUGUGGGAAUUGUGUGGGGAGUGCUUCAUUACAUGAAGUAUCGUUGGCGGAAGGAAGAGGCAGAAACCAGACAGAUGUAUGACAUGGUGGAAAGAAUCAUAGAUGUUCUGAGAAGCCACAAUGAAGCCUGCCAAGAAAAUAAGGACUUGCAGCCCUAUUUGCCUAUUCCCCAUGUACGUGAUUCUCUCAUACUACCCCAGAAUAGGAAAAAAAUGAAAAAGGCAUGGGAGAGAGCUGUGGUUUUUGUUGAAACCAAUGAGUCCCGUAUUCGGAAAGAAACCCAAAGAAUAGGGGGAGGAGACUUCUUGGUUUGGAGGUGGACUCAGCCAUCUUCAGCUUGUGAUAAAAUAACAGUUGUGCCGUCCAAAGUAUGGCAAGGAAAAGCCUUCCACCUUGAUGGUAGAAAUUCUCCACCUAACAGUUUGACACCUUGUUUAAAGAUCCGCAACAUGUUUGACCCAGUCAUGGAGAUUGGGGAUGACUGGCAUGUUGCAAUUCAGGAAGCAAUCCUAGAAAAAUGCAGUGACAAUGAGGGAAUUGUUCAUAUUGCAGUGGAUAAGAACUCGCGUGAGGGUUGUGUGUAUGUGAAGUGUUUGUCUCCAGAAUAUGCUGGCAAGGCUUUUAAAGCACUUCAUGGCUCAUGGUUUGAUGGAAAACUAGUGACUGUAAAAUAUCUGAGACUAGAUCGUUAUCAUUAUCGUUUCCCCCAGGCUGUCCAUUGCAACACUCCCUUAAAGCCAUCAAAUAGGUACAUGAAUUCAAUGUCACAUCUGCGUCUUCUGACCAACACAGCUAACUCACAAGGAGCCUCAUGAGACCUCUCCUACCCCUGCCAGUACUGUUACACUGCAGCAAGAGAAGUCCUGCUUGAAUGCUCUGUCUUCCUUUUUAUUGCUUUUAUAUGUACACUUUUUGUAUUAUAAGGAAUGCAUCUUUUAUGCCAAGAUGCCAGGAAGCUGGAGAAAAUUUCCAAAGGAGCUAUCUGUAGCAUUGGUGUACUGGGGUAAAAAGUAGUGACGUCGACAUGAAACAAGGUAUGGCUUUCAUACAAUGGUUAUUAAUUCUUAGGCUAUGGACUGGGCAUGAACAGUUUUGUUUACUGGAAAUUAAUUAUUUUUUUAGGUAUAUUAGAGAUUAAUCAUGUACACUACGGUCCAAUCGUAUUUGACCACUGAGCUAAAGGAGAGAAUAUCAACAGGUCUGACUCGACUGCUCAAAACCUCUUGCAUUUUUGGAAUAAUGAAUUGCAGUGCUAGAAUGUAAAUUUGAGUGUAGUUUGGCACAGGACAGCCAUCUGAUAGCACUGCAGGGAAACUUUUUGGGUAAUAGGAAAGAGCAAGUACACAAAUAUAUAGGGCACAUUUCAACAGAGCUGUUUUAGAUGAACUUUAACACCAAAAAGGACAGCUUUAUGGUGUAACUGUCUGCUUAACAAUGAGAUACAACUUUAUUUGUGCACUAAACAUGUCUGGAUUAAAAAUGGAUUAAAAUAGCACCAUCAUGCAGAGAGAAGAAAACCAGCUGCGUGGUGUGAAGUGUCAUAAUUUGCAGAAUGACACUGUGCAGGUUACUCAAUGCAAAAAAAAAACUUAGUUGAUUAGCAACUUGGUCUAUCUUUCAUUAAUCAGUAAAUACACGCAAUCUGAGUAAUGGAACCAUUUGCAGAAUGAGUACAGUUUAACACAUUCAUUUAAUCCUGCUUUUAUUCACUGUUUGUUCCAAAUUUAGGUCAUAAUCUGCAGUUAAGAGUGUUUCAGCAUGGAAUUGCACAAAUGCACAAUUUACUCAGUAAACAUGAUGCACACUACCUGCAGCAGAGCCUUACUGUGCCUUACCUUUGUGUGCUUGAUACAGGCACUGUAAUGAAUAGGAAUGUAGGUUAAUUCCCAGUUUUAAAGCGUUCCACUUCGAAAACUAUCUGGUUUGUUCUGUACAGCUUUUUGUUGCACUUUGGUUUAAAAGUUGUACUAAGAGUAAAGCAAGGAAUCUUGCUGUACCUUGUGUGCAUCGUAUGAUGGUGUUAAUAUUAUUCAUGUUUUUGGGCCAACCCGUGGUGCACCUGAUUGUUGAUCUGUUGUAAGAGUGAAUGUAUAAGUGGAUGUGGCAUUUUUUAAGAAAAGGGGCACCGCUUGAUGCAGAUGCAUCUUUGAAUUUUCCAGCUUCUAUGAUGUAUUUCAUUUUAUGUAAACAUUGUACAUUUAUAUAUUGUAAUAUGUACCAUUAUGCAGCUUAUUUUGCUUAUAACUGUUAAGAUUGACAAUAUCCCUACCUGCAAGACAGAUGGGAAGGUGUAUAAUAUCCAGAAGUUCAAAAAGUUCAGAUGUUUAAUGUAAUUUGUCAUUUGUCUUGUAAAAACACUCUAAUUAAAGGUUUACUAGGGGUUUUUAAAA